AUAAAUUUACAAGCACACAACAAUUGUGAGUCCCUGUCCCCAGGAGCAAGCACUCAACAACAACCCAGAGGGAGGGAGGGAGAGGCUGAGGCGUGGAAACCAAGGCCAGAGCCUCGGAUGCAGGUCCGGUGCCCAUAUAGGUUUGGGAGUAGUCAUCACUCCGACCCCAGCCCAGCCCAGCAUAGCACAGGGCUGCUCUCCAGUGUGUUUGUGUUUGUGUGUCGAAUACUUGCGGAGCUGUUUUGUCAGUGUUACCGUGUUACCCUGUGUGGCAUUCUACUCGACUUUUUCUUCCUCGUCUUCCUCUGCCUCUCGUUCUCCCGCUCGUCAUUCCCCGCCCUCGCAGGCCUCUCGCUGGGAAUGGAGGACGCUGACUGGGUGGACGCUGCUCCCACCAACCCCCCCCCCUCCUCCUCCUCUUACCUCGCUUCCCGUGAUCACAGCUCUCUCAUCGCGUCCAAACUCUUGCAGGGCUGGACUCUCCUCGCCGAGUCCUGCCCCCAAUGCCUCACUCCUCUCGUGCGUAAUCGUCAGAAACAGGUGUAUUGUGUUUCGUGCUCCCAAUGGCUCUUGACUCAAGAUCAAUUAGCUCUUAAGCUCGCAGCCCAGCAUGUGCAUGAGAACUCUCCCCCUCCUUCAACGCCGCCGCAGCAGCAGCAACAACAACCGUCCAGCAAAGUGCCGACCACGCACAUGCGAGUGGCUAGCCUUCGUGACGAUGCCUCCGCUCUGGAUGAGAGGAGCCCCAAGCGCCUCGCGUGCACCGAUGUUCUUCCUGGAACCUCUGUCAAUAUGCGUGAUGACGCCAACUUGGCAUCUGUUGCAGGACCAGCAGACCGAUCGAUCCCCAAUCUUCCAGAGGUGGCUGUUGUAGAAUCCACUGACUUUCCGUCUACUGUGCUGUCCAACACCAUUUCCACUCUUUUUCAAAAGCUCGAGGAACUUCGCCAAUCUAUUGCUGCGUGUCAUGAUGUUCGUGAGCUGAAUCAGCUGCUGGGCGCGCUGGGAGAAAGCAUGCAAGCGAUUCAAAGAACUAAGGAUCUUCUUCAUGCAUGGACCAUGUAGGCAGAAAUCUAGGGGAGGCUUAUCAUUUAGAUUGGAAACCAGUAGUAAGCAUGCGCAGCGAUUCUUUACCAUACACAGCAGGGGACUUGAGCCGGAAAUCAGAUUCUACUGUAGUCUCAGUUGUACAAGCAUUUUUACUGAUAACUCCAACUUGAUUGAGAGCAAGACACUACUCCCAUACUUACAAUGAAA